UCUAGUUACGGCGGAGGGAGUCAUGGGCACUAGGAAAGAGGUUCUUGUCGCUGCCAAGGGAUCUACUUCUUCGUCGAAAGGCGGGAAAAAGAAGUGGAAAGGUCCAAAGGGCAAGAAUGACAAAGAAGCUAGUGGGAGUGGCAAAGCCAAAGUGGACGGCCCUACCGGCGGUGUGAAGAAGCCGACGGCAAAGGGAAAGUGCUUCAAGUGCGGCAAGACUGGGCAUUGGAAGAAAGAUUGUCCGAUGCUCAAGGCAAAGGGACAAGGGCUUCAAGCCGACAAGGCAGCUGGAAAGUGAUGAGAUCACCAUCUCCAUGGGCAAUGCGUCGAAGGUCGCAGCUGUUGCUAUUGGAGAUUUAUCUUUAUGUUUUGGUGAUGACAUUUUAGUUUUGAGAGAUAUUUUAUAUGUGCCGGAAUUUCGGCGGAACAUAAUUUCUGUUUCAAAAUUGUUUUUGGAUGGAUAUUCUGUUACUUUUGAUAGAGGUGUCUCUAUCAUGAAAAAUAACACGACUAUUUGUUCUGGAA